AUGGACCGAUUUGGAGAUACAUCAGAAGGUGAAGUUGAUCACUCUUUCUUUGAUAGUGACUUUGAAGAAGGAAAGAAAUAUGAAAAUAACUCUGUGUUUAACAAGCAAAUUGAUGACCCUAAAGAGAGAAUAGAUAGAGAAACAGAAGAUGUAAACUUGAAAUUUGGAAUACCAACCAAGGAAAAUAAUCUUACUGAAAAGAUAAAUGAAAAAAAAUUAAAAAUUCCUCCAGAAGAGCACUGUAUAGAAAAUGAUAAAAUACAAAGUAGAAGUUCUUCAUCUUUGACUGCUUCUUCAAGAUUACAAAAACAGUGUGAUUCUUCAGUAGGACAUAAGAUACACAUUCCUCUUCCAGAUAGAAUUCCCAGAAUUGUAAAAGAAGGUGAAGAUGAUUACUAUACAGAUGGUGAGGAAAGCAGUGAUGAUGGGAAAAGACGUCAUAUCAGGUCCAAGUCAGCUAAACCGUUGAAUAAUUUUAAAAAAGGUGUAAAUAAAAAAUAUUCCAAAAUUAGUUCCUCUUCUUCCUCUUCCUCUUUGUCUUCCUCAUCCUCAAGUUCAGAUACAGAUUGUUCAGAUGCAAGAUCUGAUAUUUAUAGAUCUGAUUCAUCUCCGUCAUUAAAGAAACAAGUUUCUGAUGUAACCCUCUUAUCGCCAAAGCAGAAAUAUGUUUCAGGAGAAAAUGCAACAGGAGUACAACCUUUAAGAAUGAGACCAAAAAUUGGCGACUCCACUGAAGAGUCUGAAGAUACUGUGACUGAUGUAACUCCUCUGUCAACCCCAGACAUCAGCCCUGUUCAGUCUUUUGAGCUGCCUGCAUCAAAUGAUCAAAAAGUAAAAGUAAAAAGACAAGAAAAUGUGAGUCAAGAAAUAUAUGAAAAUGGAGAGGAUUUGAAAUGUAAUUCAAAGCAGUUGAAAUCAGCCAGAAAAGGGAAAGAAAAAUGUGGACCCAGUAGUCUUAGCUCACCUUCGAAAUCUUCAUCAUUAGGUUCCAAUUUAGACCAAAGACAUAACCAAAAGGUCUUACAUGACACAAUGGACCUAAACCAUCUUUUGAAAGCUUUUCUGCAGUUAGAAAAAAAAGGACCACAAAAACAUCCUGUGGAUCCGCCUCCAGUCGUACCUCGGAAAAACUACUCUUUCACAAGAGAAGAAGUGAGACAGAUUGAUCGGGAAAAUCAGAGGCUUUUGAAAGAACUGUCUAGACAGGCUGAAAAGCCAGCAAACAAAAGUGCAAUUCCUAAAAGAUCAGUUGGUCACUCCUCUAAGUUAUAUCAUAGUGCUCUUAACAGACAGAAGGAACAACAAAGGAUUGAAAGAGAAAACCUGGCUUUAUUGAAAAGGCUCGAAGCUGUGAAGCCAACAGUUGGUAUGAAACGUUCAGAACAAUUGAUGGACUAUCAUCGUAAUAUGGGUUAUCUCAGCUCAACACCAUCUUUAAGACGAGUGAGAUCUUCCGUUGGCCAGUACAGUUCUCUUGGCCAGUAUAGCCCAUUAAGUGCCUCCAGGACAUCCAGCGCUACCAGUGGUAUCAGUUGUAAGAGUGAACGCCCAGCUUUAGACACAUCCAGUGGCCUACUGCUGAAACCUAAGCCCACUAAUGUCCGUGCAGCUUGGCUAUAA